AUGAAAAAAAUUAGCUUUCGUACUUUUUUCUUAUUUUACUUAUCAAAAUAAUACAAAUAUCAUAAUAUUUCUAUUGUAAAUCAAAUUCACUCUUAUUUUUGUUUUUUUGAAGGAAAUUCAGGCAAAAUUGACCCAUUAAUAAUAAAAAUAAAAUAAUAAGCUAAAGGAGGAUAAUAAGAAAUUUAUUAAAAUAACAAUUAUGAAAACAAUAUUUCAAUAGUAUUAAACAACAAAACCAUAAAUUAUUAAUUAAGAAGAACUCUAAUAAUUUAUAUUUAAGAGAUAUAUUAAAAGCUGCAUCAUCAAAGGAGAAUAUCUAAAGAUUUUUAAUAGUGGAUAAUGGAGAAAUUAAAGGUUCUUCAAGUUUAGAUAAAGAUAAAAUUGAUAUAACAAAGUAUUUAAAGUAUUAUCAUAAUUGAUCAGUAAUCUGGUCAAACUAAAAUAAGAUUCACUUUAGAGAUAAAUGAUUAAUAGGUUGAAAAUAUGUAAUAACUUUAAGAUUCUUUGGAAUGGUUGUGUAAUUCUCAAAUUAAUAAAUUUAUUUUAGCAAAUUGAAAGAGAUAUCUAGAAAUCAAUUAAAGAAUAAGCAUUAUUAAUGAAUUCCUCUUUAUUGAAUAAUAGCAUUUAGAUUAUAUACAAGCAAUUUAACUAUAGAUAGUAAAAUAAUGAUCUAAAAACAUCAAAUUAUUAACAUUGGAGGAAAUAUUUAAAAAUUUUAAUGGAAGGACUUCAAUAAAUGAGUUUUUACAAAAAAGCAACAUAUAGUGUUAUUAGAGAUUAUUAAAAUAGAAAAAUAGAUAGUUGCUUAACAAUUCAGUAAUCUACAAGGAACGAUUUUUAAAGUUGA